AGACUUGUCGGUGGCGGAUAUGUGCUUACGAUGUUGAUGCGAUGACCCUAUCAUUCUCACUGCACAUCAGAGAUCUAAGAUGCCGUGUUCAUCGUCCGGUUGAUCCGCUGCAGCAUGUACUGUGAGCGUGCUUAAGAAAUUCACCGUUGAACUUGGGACGGGAACGAUGUGGUGGUAGUACUUGACUCCAAACUCCACGCCAUAUCAUAGGGGUGGGAUCAGCACGUGAGCGAUGUUCAACACCCCCCACAGGGUGGUGCAAGGAAAACAAACCUUAUCUCAUCUUCCGUUCUUUGCUUUUUGACUUUGUUCCAAUCCGUUUUCUUCUCUUUCAUCACUACUAUCUCUCUAAUUACGAGUAACGGCUAUGGCCCAGGGAGCUCCAGUUCCUACCUUCAAACUUGUGCUCGUUGGUGAUGGUGGUACCGGAAAGACGACCUUUGUCAAGCGUCAUUUGACUGGCGAAUUCGAGAAAAAAUACAUCGCCACGCUUGGUGUCGAGGUUCACCCCCUCGGCUUUACAACGAACUACGGCACGAUAUGCUUCAAUGUUUGGGAUACUGCUGGCCAGGAAAAGUUUGGUGGUCUUCGUGACGGCUACUACAUCCAGGGGCAGUGUGGUAUCAUCAUGUUCGAUGUCACAUCGAGAAUCACGUACAAGAAUGUGCCCAACUGGCACCGGGAUCUUGAGCGCGUUUGCGAGAACAUCCCCAUCGUGCUGUGUGGAAACAAGGUUGACGUGAAGGAACGCAAAGUCAAGACUGGCAAUGUCACCUUCCAUCGCAAAAAGAAUUUGCAGUACUUUGAGAUCUCCGCAAAAUCCAAUUACAACUUCGAAAAGCCAUUCCUUUGGCUGGCAAGGAAGCUCGUCGGAAAUGCCGAGCUUGAAUUUGUUGCAGCCCCGGCACUUGCUCCCGCAGAGGUCGCAGUCGACGCUAAGCUGAUGGCACAAUACAACGAGGAGCUGAAGCAUGCCGAAGCCGUUCCUCUUCCGGAGGAAGAUGACGACUUGUAAUUCAUUUUGACGCUUGAUACGACCUGUGUUUCCCUAGUCUCGUUCCAUACAAUUCCUUUUUGAUACGAAUCCUUUCAUUGCUGCUAUAUCCACCACGCGUCAACUAUUCUCUUGACGGUUUUA